AUGCCUCUGACGCGCCCACCGCCAGCCAUGUUGAGCAGCCGCAAUGACCCCAUUCCAUUUAGCCCAUCGAUCCACCCCACUAUCACCUACACACUUACAGCAGGAGGUGUCUUGACACCAAAGGUCAAGUGCACAUCAGAAAACAAGAAGGAAUGUUAUACCUUCCAGUCCAAGUCCGAUAGUAGUAAUAGGAGCAUGACAGUCAAGGACCAUAAGAGUAACCAAGUCUGCAAGGUCAAAAGCAAGGGCGAAUAUCUCCUGGACCUCUAUCUCACCACAGAUUCAAAGGACAUCAAUGUCCAAUUCCGAGAUAUGAUUGCUUUCAAGAAGGCCGUUGAAAAGAAUUCGCUCCAGUACAAGAAAGCUUCAUCGACAUAUUCACCCGAGUAUGACUUUGAACGGCCUGAGCGAUACCUCACGGACAGUGGACCAAACAGCAUCUGCUGGGCAUUUGAAUUUGAGGGUCGAAUUUACCAGUGGACCGCGGGUAACGGUCAAGGCAUUCUGGCUCCACCAGGCUCCGAUGUGCUGCUGUGUCAUACGACUAGUCUUGGGCCAGCCACGAAAGUGGCCAAGCUACAGAGUAGCCAUACGGGGGCCUCGGAUAAGCUGAUCAUCCAUUCAGCAUCGAUUGCCAGUGUUGUCGACAAGACUGGGCUCCAGAUUCUUCUCUUGACCAGCGUGCUCAGCCUGAUGGAGAUUAUGAACGAGAGGAGCCGGGAACUCGUAGACUUUGAUUAG